UCUCCGGUCUGUUCAGCCGCCACCGGCCGCUCGAUAUGAAGCCGCUCUUCGCCGCGCUUCUAGCCGGCCUCCUGUGCAUGCAGACAGAGUCUUUGCUGUGCAUCACAUGCGACAAAGUGGACCAUAACGACAAAUGCAUUACCAUACAGCGCUGUGCUGAGACCGACCGCUACUGCACAACAAAAUAUUUUGGCAGAGGUUCUGGUGAAAGACACACAGAACUGAUCAGCAAAGGAUGUUCUGCCUAUUGUCCUGAUGUAGGGGUUGAUAUUGGCUUGAUGGCUUUCUCAGUGAAAUGCUGCUCCCAUUCCUUUUGCAACACAAGUGGUGCUAUCAGUGUGAAGAUGAGCUCUUUGAUGCUGCUGGUGGGCACCUUGGCCAGUGUCUUCUACAUGAUUGGAGCCAAUCUGUGAUGAGAGACGACAUGAGCUCAGGGCAGCUCCCCCAUGGAGGACUCAAACCUAUCCUGGAAAAAUUGUAGGUUAAAAAGAAUUUCCCUCUUGCUA